GCGGCGCGGGAGGGCGGCAGCGGGGCCGCGGGGCUAGCAGAACUGUGUUCCUGCUGUGGGGGCUCGAGUGGACCGGACGGAUGGGCAGCGGCUGGCGAGGCUGCCCUUGUGCCCCUGCCCACUGGGGGCCCCCCCCGCCAUGGCCAUCGUGCAGACACUGCCGGUGCCCCUGGAGGCAGCUGUUGAGGGGGCCGCACAGCUCUGCACCGCUGGCCGCUCGCCCCCCACCACCAUGGGCAGCGUGGGCAGCCUCCUGCCCAGCCGGCCCCGCCACGACCGUGCUGGCCAGCCCUGCGACAGGGGGCCCCCCACCGCCUCCUUCCGCAAGCAGGAGGGGCUGCUCCGGGCCACCCCCCGGGACCCCCCACACCCUGAGGAGCCCUGCACGACUGUGCCCAGCAUCAUCCAUGCCUACACUAAUGGGGGCUUCUGCAGCAACUGGCUCGAUGCUUCCUCUCCCGUCAGCCCCUGCAGUGACUCAGAUGAGCCCCACGAUGACCGAGCCCCGAGCGGUCACCUCCAGGGGCCACCCCCCAAGCUCGUCCCCGUCUCUGGCAAGCUGGAGGAGAACAUGGAGAAGACCCUGAUCCGCCCCAUGGCCUUCAAACCGGUGGUACCCAAGCUCCGGAGUACGCAGCCAGGCACGCGUCCAGGGCUCUCAGAGAGCCAGGUGAGCCUCACCCACUUGCUGGGUGCUGAGAAGCCCGGAUCCCUGAGCUGCCGCGCCAGCACCCUCUCGGACUCGGGGCGCAACUCCCUCUCCAGCCUGCCCACCUACAGCACAGGCUGCAGCCAGCAUCCUGAGGUGGGUGCCCUGCCGGCCACCCCCCAUGGCCCCCCUGACCCCUCGGGGGGCUGUCGCCCCUCCAACUCGGACAGCGGGCGCUCGUCCUCCAGCAAAAGCACAGGCUCGCUGAGUGGCCGGGGCCAGCCCUCCUCGGACAGCGGCUCCUGCGGGCGCUCGCCCCUGCCUGGUGAGGAGGCCAUGCUGGUGCGGGAGCUGGAAGACAAGCUGCGGGAGAGGGAGGCUGAGCUGCAGCUCCUGCGUGACAGCCUGGAUGAGAACGAGGUGGCCAUCUGCCAGGUGUAUGAGGAGAAGCAGCGGCGCUGUGAGCAGGAGCUGGAGGGGCUGCGGCAGCGCUGUGCGGCCCAGGCACGGCAGGCAGCCCAGGCAGCGCAGCGUGGGCAGCAGGUCCUGCAGCUCCAGGUGCUGCAGCUGCAGCAGGAGAAGAAGCAGCUGCAGGAGGACUUUGCCCAGCUGCUGCAGGAGCGGGAGCUGCUGGAGCGUCGCUGUGCCUCCUUCCAGCGUGAGCGCACUGAGCUGGCACCCCGGCUGGAGGAGACCAAGUGGGAGGUGUGCCAGAAGUCGGGAGAGAUCUCGCUGCUGAAGCAGCAGCUGAAGGAGGCACAGGCGGAGCUGGCGCAGCGGGGGGCCGAGCUGCUGGGGCUGCGGGCGCAGCUGCGGGAGGCGCGGGCGCAGCUGCAGGCGGGCGAGCGGCGGGCUCAAGGGCUGCAGGAGACCGCCCGCCUCAAGGCGCUGGAGCUGGAGGUCUGCGCCAAUGAACUGCAGCGCCGCAAGAGCGAGGCCGACCUCUUCCGCGCCAAAGCCGGGCGGCUCGAGCAAGAGGUGGCAGGGCUGCGGGAAGCCGCCCGCGGGCGAUGCCCCCUGCCCAGCGAGGGAUGCCCCCCGCCCGGUGAGGAAUCCCAGGGCGGCGCAGGGCUGCGGUGGCAGCUGGAGCGGCUGCGGGCAGAGGUGGCCCUGGAGAGGCGGCGUGGGCAGGAGCAGCGCGAUGCCUUCGAGCAGGAACGUGGCACGUGGCAGGGUGAGAAGGAGCGGGUCAUCCGCUACCAGAAGCAGCUGCAGUACAGCUAUAUCCAGAUGUACCGUCGCAACCGCCGGCUUGAACAGCAGCUCCAGCAGCUCCGGCUGCAGGGUGAGGACCCCCCAUCGGAGAUCUGUGAACCCCCUGGUCCCAACCUGCCCUUCGAAGAGAUCACAGCCACUGAGAUCUGAGAUGCUGCCUGCCCUCUCCCCACGCUUGGAGGGCAAAGGGAGCCUCCAGCCCUUGGGAUUUUGGGAGCAGUGGGGCUGCAGGGGAUCUCUGCUCUGCCUCCUGGCUCUGCAGAGGCCACUGGCAGCAGGAGAGGACAGAAGGGACUGCAGGCACUGCCCCCUCUCCCCCGUGGAGGUGUUUGGAUGAGGGUGCAUCAGCACCCACCACAGCGGGGGAGUGCCCGUGAGACAUGGGGCCAGGUAGGUGCUGAGUCCCAGCCUCAGGGCUGCCCAGAGCUGGUUCCUGCUGAUCCUCUUAGCGCCCAGGGGAUUAGCAGUGCUGACUUCAGCCAGGGUCACCUUGGGCAGGGGGAGGGCUGGCUUGUCCCCCUCCCUCUCAUCCCUGCGGGUACUGUUAUCCAGCCACUUCCCUACUUCCAGAAGUGACUGCGUGUGCCCUGUCCCUGCCCAUGCCAUCCUCCCCCCUGCCCCUUGUAUGUCGGGGGAUUCAUUUCUGUGCCAUUCUAAAUCUAUUUUUAUAGGACCUACCAAAACAUAUCACCUUCUCCCAGCUCACACCGCACCUGUCUGUGCCCCCCUCACCCCUGCCAUGGGGCAGAAUGCCCUCAGUGCCUUUCCCAUGCCCUUGCCCCCAGUAUCCCUGUUUCCCUCAAAAAAAAAAAAAGCCUGGCUCAUGCCCCUGUGAUGCCCAGCCUGUGAGGGGAGAGGGGCACUGUUCUGGGGUGCCAGCUGGUGACAGCCUCAGGGUGGGCAGAGGUGGGGGGCCCAGCUGGGCACCCAGGGGAGUCAAACCAAAGGAAAAGCCUGACUGUGCCCAGCUCUGGCUUGGUUGCCCCCAGCUCUAUGGGGGAAUUUUUGUACUUUAUUUCAGUUCCCAGAGCCCGACUUGCCUGUGUACCACCUGGAAACACUGAUUAAAAACAAGCCCCAGAUGUGUUUUUUU